UCUAAACACACAAAUUGGCCAAACCAAACGGACUGGUUAAGCUAAUGGCCGGCCUGGUUAUGUUUGGAAAAUCCAAACAGAUUAGAUCACCAGUUCAGCUUUUCAUUUAAGCUAAAUGAAUGCAUUUUUAUUUUAAAGUGCUCUCUCUCACUGCCUAAUGCAACUAUGCAGGGUCUGAAAAAGCAGAGGAUCCAAGUCCUCCCUUUGGCAUAUUGAUAAAAGCAUUAUAUAAGCUAGCUGUUUCUCAUUUUCUUUACAACACCAGAAAAAGCUCCCAAAAAAAGCUAAAUCUCCCUCCCAUUUGAAAAGGGCUUUUCUUGGGUUUUGUCCCCCCCAAAACAUUCCCAUAUAUCCCUCCCUCUCACUCCCUUUUCCACCUCUCUUCUUCCCUUCCUCUCACAAAUUAAACAAUCCCCAUUAUUCUUUCACAUGCUUCCCAUCAUCUUCCUUUUUCAGGGAAAAAUCUAUCAAUCCAGCUGAAAAGUUAAAUUCUAACCAAAACAGAAAACAAAACAAAAAAAGAGAAAAGGCUGCAACUUUUCUCAGUCUCUUCUAAAACCCUCAAAAAUCUCAGCAUUUUUUGGAUUCGAAAACUUGACACAAAACCACAACUUUCACUUAUGGAGCAGCAGCUGCAGCCACCGCCCAUGGCAGUGACCCAGCAAGCCUACACGACCCAUUCGGGUCACGGGUCGGUGGGACCCGUGAUUGCAGUGGUUGCAGUGAUCACCAUCCUCGGAGUCAUAGCCGGUAUGAUUGGUAGGCUCUGCUCGGGUCGUCGGAUCAUGGGUCAUGGACGGUACUAUGACUUCGAAGCAUGGGUCGAGACAAAAUGCUCAUCGUGUCUAGAUGGCAGACUCGACCCUCCUCCGCCGCCUCUGGCUGCAGUCCCCGGUGAGAAUGUUCUGGCGGCCGAGGCAGCAGACACAUCACCAGAAAUAAAGGAAGAAGAAGAGCAACAACAACAGCAGCAGCAACAACAACAUCAUCAACAACAACAACAACAACAACAUCAACAUCAACUUCAACAUCAGCAACAUCAGCAACAUCAGCAACAAGAACAACACAAUUUACAUGCAACAAGUAGUAGUGAGUGUUAAUGAGAGGGAGCUGCUAAAUGCUUUUAAUUUGGUAAUUGGGUUAUGCUUUUUAAUUGGGUAGUGGAAAUUUUCCUUGUCCAAGGUUGGGCUUUAUUUGUAAGCUUCUUGCUUUCAUUUGUUUUGUUGGGCUCGUUUCCUUUCUUUUGUUUUUUUUGUUUUUUUCGUUUGCCAUUUUGGUGGGAUGUAUACCAUUAUUCAUGACUCAUGAACACGAGGCAAUUUAAAAUAUGAAUAUUUAAUAUGAAAUUGGUGGGAUUUUUAA